UGAAGGAGGAAGUAGCCUUUUCUAACGAAGGGCACUUGAUAAAAAAACUAAAAAGAAGAACGGGAAAUACGAAAAAAAAAUGGACUUUGAGGAUCACGCUUACACCAGCACUACUUAUGAUAAAGUCAGCCCCGUUGAGUUCACAUAUAAAAUGUCUGCAAGCGAGAUUGAAGAGUUUGUGAAGCUGAGGGUUUCAAAUAAUUACCUCUUCUCUGGAAAAAGAAAUACUUCCAUGUGUGCAUGGAGGGCCAUCUUGAAACAUAUGGGCUUGCAACACAAGAUGACUCAUAUUCAAGCAUCCAAAAAGUGGGAAAACAUGAAGAAGAGAUACAAGGACCUAAAGAACCCUCCAGAUGGGAUGAAGGUGUUCCCUGAUGUGUGGCCUUAUUUCAAUCUGAUGGAUGACGCCAUGGCGGGUCGGCUGGAAGGCAACGCCCCCAUCCUUAAGGCCAUCCCCAACAACGGCGAUAUCUCAUCCAUCUCCCAGCCCAAGAGGAGGAAGGUGUCCAUGGAGAUAAACUGCCCUGGGCCUUCGUUAGCAGGUGGGCCGGAAGUUGAGAUUUCCCUGAAUGAAGAUGAGGACGAGGAGGAAGGCCAGGAAAUAGGCCGCACCGUUCUUGAGAAGGAGCACGGGAGGAUGACUGACAGCGAAAGACAGGUGAUGGAGAGGGAGAAACAGGUGAUGGAGAGGGAGCGGCUGGUGAUACAGAGGGAGAGAGUGGUGCUGGAUCGAGAGGUUGCCGCUCUGGACCGAGACCGAGCCUCGCUGGAAAGAGAGCGGGCGAUGUUAGAGAGAGAAAGGGCG